AAGAGAUUGCAGGGAAUGGUAAGUGCAUUUCAAAUACUCCUCUUACUCUGGUAGUUGACAAAAAAGGAGUUCCAGAUUUAACAAUGGUUGAUUUGCCGGGCAUUACUAGGGUUCCAGUUCAUAGUCAGCCAGAAGAUAUAUAUGAACAGAUUAAUAAUAUUGUCAUGGAGUAUAUUGUUCCUAAAGAAAGCAUCAUUCUCAAUGUACUCCCUCCGUUCCAUUUUACUUGAUGUUUUAAGAUUUUUUCUAUGUUCCAAAAUAGAUGAUAGUUUUGGUAUUCAUAUUCUCACUAAUUUGCCCUUACUUUGGAAUUACACAAUAUUAUUAAUUUUUAUUGAAAUCAAUACUCUAAUUUUAAAUCUACUCUAGUUUUUUAUUGUGUUCCAAAAUGAUAGAGAAUUUGGUAAUACAUCCCAAGUAAAAUACUACGGGAUUGAUAACUAGGUCAUCUAAAUCUUUAAGAAGAAUUAAUAUGGAUAAACUUGGAAAGAUUUUACUCUCUCUGAUAUUUUUUAAUCUUCGUGAAAAACUCUACAACGUCAAGUAAAUCGGAACGGAGGGAGUAUUAUCUACUGGCGUUGAUUUCCCUACUUGCCAGUCAAUAAGAAUGUCUCAGAAAGUAGAUAAGAUUGGUGAGAGAACUUUGGCUGUAGUCACAAGAGUUGAUAAAUCUCCUAAAGGUUUACAGGAAAAAGUUCUUGCUGAUAACGUUAAUAUUGGCCUUGGUUAUGUUUGCGCGAGAAAUCACAUCGGUGGUGAGACCUACAACGAAGCAAGGGCUGAAAAGGCAAGGCUAUUUCAUUCACAUCCACUUCUUUCAAAGAUGGAUAAAUCUAUUGUUGGAGUUCCUGUAUUGGCUCAAAAGCUUGUCCAAAUUCAAGCAACAAGUAUUGCUAAGUUCUUGCCUGACACUGUAAAGAAGAAUAGUGAAAUGUUAAACAAGAAUGCGGCUGAAUUAGAUAACAUGCCUCGACAUUUGUCUAGCAUAGCAGCUGAUGCUAUAACAGCGUUUAUGCUUAUUCUUGGAUCUGCCAAGGAGAGUCCGAGGAAGAUUCUCAUUACAGGAGAACUUCACGAGUUCCCAGAUGAUGUGAAGAUGCAUUGCACAGCUUGUCUGGCUGAGAUGCUGGAUGGUUUCUCAGCUGAUAUUGAAACCAAAUCCGCCUGGAAUAGCAACAAAGAUAAGUUUUUAGAGGAUGAAAUGAAGGUUUUAGGGGAAACGAAGAGUAUUGGCUUCCUAUUUACCCCGCACAGCAUUCCAAACAAUCUUACAGAGAAGAUGUAGUAGCGGAAAGUCCAACUGAUUUUGUGAAAAGGCUUGGAACUAUGGAAGACAUUUUUUUUUUGUGUACUCUUAACUAAAUCUGAAAGCUACCACAACUUCAGUCUUUUAUAAGAUGGGCGGCUCAUAAUCUCAUUACAAAGGCAAGAACCCAGUCAAUUGAACGAGUGAAGGAGAUUGUGGAGAUGGAGAAAAUGGCAGAUUACAGUUGUAGUCCUGAUUACAUUACAACAUGAACUAGGCUGAUGCUGCAACAAGAAAAGUUCAAGGCUGCAACAUGGACUAGGCUGAUGAAUCAAAAGAAAAGAGAUUACCUUUUUUUGAAAUGCUAGGUGAAGUUGAAUUUGGGCAUCUGCAGGAUACACAAAUUGUUGAACAAGCUUUUGAUAUUAAGAUGAGAAUUAUGGCUUAUUGGAAGAUUGUUACGAGGAGGCUAGUCGAUAAAUUGGCCCUGCAUCUGAUCUUUACCAUUCAGAAUCUAAUUAACAAAUCCUACUGGUGGUGCUGGUGUUGGUGGUAUUGAUAGGAUGUUGGAAGAACCACCGUCUGUGGUAACCGAACGUGAGAAAUUGAACAGAAGCAUUAAGCUGCUUCAGGAAUCCAAAGAUGUGGUAGCUAAGAUUCUGGGUUGUAUUUCUGCUAGUGGUCAAGGAUAUGGUCUUCUGCUGUGUACGGUGAUGUGUUACCUCAUGUCAUGUUUUUGGUUUCUUGACUUGGUUUAGAAUAUCAUAGUUUUGCAAAGUUGAAGUCUGUUUUUGAGAUGAUUUUGGUUACUCCUGGGAGUAGGAUUUGCCAUCUGAUCUGUCAGUUAUCCAUAGUGUAUCUAUGUAUGUUGACUGUUAUUAUCGCUAGUAAAUGAAUCAUAAAUACAUUUGGUUUAGCAACUUGUUAAUUGUUUUAUUUGGGAGUUUGAUGAAUGUUGAAGGGCGGAGAACAAAGAAAUGAAAUGUCUACCUAGAGAAUGUGGGUUGAAAGGUAUGG